AUGGGUUCGACACAAUUCGGCAAUUUCCACCUUUUCAAGGUCAACCAGCCGCCCGGCUCUCACUACGGUGGAUGUGUGCUCCGUGGCAUUCAUCUCAGUGGAGAUCGCAACCUCGCUAACCUAGGCUCGAUUCUCUUCGCGUUCAUCGCCAUCCUAAUCUCGCUCGUGCUGCUAUGGAGGUCGGACAAGAAGCAUGCGGCCGUCGGGCGUCGUGAGAUGCAAAUGUUCUUGGUGGGCUUCAUCGUGAUCGAGAUCUGUGAGAUUUUUACCGUGGGCGGCAUUCCACUUGAUGACAAAGUGCGCAAGGGAUUUUCGGCGGUCCACGUUGCGGCGAUCGCCGCCACCUGCUGGGUCCUUCUCUUGAACGCACUGGUCGGCUUCCAGCUACUCGACGAUGGCACCCCCGCCUCAAUUGGUCUCAUUUCCGCGUCCGCCGCCGUGCUGUUCAUUGGUACUGGAUACAUCGCCCUCGACACGGCGUUCUCGUGGACCGGCCACUUCGACCCGAGCUUGGCGGGCAACAACCGCAACAUCGGUCUCUAUGUGUUGUACCAGCUCUUCCCGCUACUGUGCCUAUUCUUGUUCUUCGUGCUCGAGGCGCUCCUGGUGCUGCGGGUGCUGGGCGAGUUCCGUCCCCUGCUCUACCUGGUCGGCGCCGCCCUGCUGUUCGCCAUUGGCCAGAUCUUCCAGUACGUGAUCAGCGUGCACCUGUGCUCUGCUUCAAAUGGCAAAGUCAACGGCACCUUAUUCGAAACCCUCUUUACCCUCCUGUCCGUCAUCGUCAUCUGGGGCUUCUGGAGCAGCAUCACCGAAGAUGAUUGGCCCCUGCCCGUCGGCGCUGGCUACAGCAACUAA